AUGGGCCCGAACAGGUCCUCAUCCCCACACGGCAGCGAACACCGAUCAUCGAGUCCCCUCUCCAAAGGAGCUCCUCCCCCCGCACUAUCGCCACCUGUACCUCCCAAAGAUCGCCUUUCGCUUCCUCAAACACCUCAGCGCAAACCAGUCCAGCGCCAAAAAUCGCCUCUUUCUACCGAAGCCUUCUCAUCCCCUGCAAUGAACGUUCCUGGCUCGUUUCCAGACGAGCCACAGCCCAUACCAGAAACCCCACCGGAAGGCCGAUCAUCCAAACGUCUCAGCAGUAUGACCAAGAUCCUCCCCUUUAAAACAUUGCGCAAAUCAUACGAUCAGACCUCGCCCUCGGAUAGUAGCUCUAGCAGCUUCAGACCUACAACACCGGGUGGUGACAGUGUCAAUUCCUCGCCCAAACCCAGUCUACGAAAGAAAGUGAGCGGAACAUUCUGGCGGCGAACGAGCAGCUUGAGUAUGGGCUUUACACCGGGCGAGAAUGGGCAUGCCACUGCGACUAGCCCUAAUGGUACAAACAGCGCCCACCACGCCGCUAUCACCGAGGACUCACGCCCCUCUACACCCGUGUUUGCGGAGGACACCCUCCCGAUCAAGAAGAGAAAGAGCGGUACAUUCUGGCGCCGUACCAGCAGCCUCACGCUCUCCCAGACAAUGAACGCCGAGAAGCAAGGAUGGGGCAGAAGAAAGAGCAACGACAUGAAUCUGAACGGGAACGGGAAUGGUAACGGCACAGCUGCGAGCAUGGAUCCCGCGGUGAUCACAGAGCAGGCGGAGAAGGAAGACCAACAAGAAGCCAGCCCUGUGAGAAAGAUAUCUACGAACGGGAGGAAAGCAAUACCAACGAGGAAGCCAUCAGAGCGUGAACCACUGCCAGCGCCCAAGCGUUCGUACAGUCCGCCUCCGCAAAUUCCCGCGUUCGUCGGAGGAGGUAGCGGGUUGGGAAUGGAUGAGGAUUUCUUCAAGAGUUUUGGGUAG